CUGAAAUCGAAACUAACGAGACACUUGUUAUCAGAUGUAAAAGAUUUUUCUAUUAAGAAUUUUUGUUAACGGAAGAAAACAACUGCUUCCUGUUGAAAUCCAUAAAAAAGUUUGCUUGCAAUUCAAUACAGACAGCGUAUUCCUUGGUCAAGACCCCAUUGCAAAUACAAGAAAAAGAAAAGUUAAAUCUUCAUGGAAGAAAUAGUAACGGAUUCUACUGAGGGCCAAGAUCUAUUAAAAUGUCAAUAAUAUCUUACGAAUGACUGCUCAGUGAAAAGAAACACAUUAUAUUUUCAAGAGAUAUAGGACCAAAUUCAUUUAAAGCAAAUGGAGAUCCGACCGAAAUUCGUGGUAAGGUUGCCACUCAGGGAAAUGGCUCUGAGGAUGGCGAUUGGCAAAGUGUGGAUUGAAGAUGAGACUUUGACUUGGAUUGCGAACUUCCCGUUCAAGGAACUUCCUGAAGAUGAAUAUAAAACAGAAUGGGGAGCAAAUGUUGAAUGUAAGGUGAAAGAUAAAGUAUCGAAACUCGUGCUACCUCAGUCCCUAAAGCAACGGAUGCUGCUUUUGGUCAGCCCGAUGGGUCUGGAGAUUCUGAAAUGGAUGAAGUGGUUCUGCAUCGUAGAAUUUUUUGAUAAGUGGAAUCUUGUAGAUUGUUCUGAUAUACAGAUUUUAAAACAACUAAGCUGGUCAUCAACAGGUGCGAUAGAUUAUCAAAAGACUGCAGAAGGACUUGUGCAUGUUAGUGCAUUAGACGUUGUUAUACGAUACAAAUUGGCGUGCUUAUAUUGCCUGGUUGAUCAUAUUCCAGUUCUUUGGCGAAAACUCCCUGAAGAAACCCAGAGGCGUCUAUACGACGCACAUGUCUCUAAUAGAAGCAUAACGCGAGGGAUGGUGACGAUAAUGGAAUCUUAUUGGGCUUAUUGUCUUAAAGAAAAAGAAUCUAAAUCGACUUUUGUCACGGAAGGUAGAAUGUCUCCUGAUCUUUUUUACAAGUAUGCUCUUCAUUCGUCAGUAAAUGCCGGCAAUAAAGCAGCAACGCAACAUUUUCUUCAAAAGCUCACCAGCGAAGACAGAGAUUCCUUUCUAUCUGAUGUCUUCUCGAGCGUUCUAAAGCGACGAGAAGGGAAGCGUAGAUUUCUGGAGGAGGAUGUUUCUGAAGUUAUACGUUAUUUAUUAUCCCAAAUGAGACUUGAGCAACAGAUGCAUGUCUUGCAAGAGUACACCCGGGACAUUUUGAAAUAUUUUCUGAACUGGCCACUGCAAGAUCUUUUUCUAGACAUCGCGGGGAGUAUGCGAACAUUUCUUCCUAGCUUAAGUUAUAAUCAGUAUGUGCUUCAAACUAUGUCGGAAGCUUCUUACUCGGGUUACUAUUAUCCGGACUUGAUGCAGCAAUGUUACGUCCGCAAUCCCGGCACUUUCAGAAGACAAUUCCUUUACUGCUUCGCCAAUCGGAUAUGUGAAUCUGAAGAUAUAGAAACUAUCAAAGUCAUUUUCAGAUAUUCAGAUAUUAGCGACAGAUCUGAAUUUCGCCCUUGCGACCCAUUUUUCCAAAUUCUCAGAUCUAUUGUCAUCAAGGACAAACUGCACAUUUUGGGAGCCUGCCUUCAAGAGGUUUCGUUGUCUAAAAAAAGUGUGAAAACAAUAAAGAAGUCGUACGUGGAAUUCCUCAAACAUGAUAGGACCUUAAGAAAGAAGUGGAAAAAAGUCUUUAAAAUUCUCAAACUAUAUAUUCCUAGGAAGAAGAAAGAUGGAACAGUGACCAAAAACUAAAAAACAAACAAACUGUGUGAUGAAGAAGAAAAGAGGGAUUAACUCAUAAACUGCUGAAACUUGAAUAUUUAUUAAUUAAACGAAGUUAUGUCAUUAAAAUUUACCGGAAAUCUUACUACUCGAGUUUUUGGAUGAAAUUUAUUUUAUCAAUUAAUAAUGAAAUCGUUUUAAAAUUAUAUAUUUUAAAAUAAAAGUAAAAAUGCAAAUUCUUAAAGUAUGUUUCACAGCUCAGCAUAUUUGCCAAGGAAAUAUCGGGGGUGUACUUUGGGUUUGCACCCAGAAAUAAUAAAUAGAUCAUAAAAUAUUAGGGUAUUUAUAAGAAUAUUUUGAUUCAAAUUGUUACUUAUUUAUUUUUCCUUCAUUUAAUAUUUAAACUCAGAAAUCAGUUUUUUCCAGUGCAUUAAAAAUUGUUUUUUAAGUUUUUUUCUUCCAUUUUUGUUAUCCAAAACUGUUGCGAGCACACGAGAGGAACAUGAAGCUGUACAAAUGUGCAUUUCUCGAUGCUUACAUGAGCGAUAAACAUUAGAUAUAGUUUACUUGGUCUUUUAUAUAUAUAAAAAAAGCAAUCAGGGUAAUCUUAAAAAUUUUCCCUGAUUACAAAAAAAAAAAAAAAAAAUGAAUAUAACACUGUACAGUUUUUACUGUAGAAUAGUCAUAUUUCUGGCUAUAAGAAUCGUCAAAAAAUUUGAACUCAAGAUUUUGACAAACCUGUACGUUUUAGGCCUUCAUGAGUUCGAAAAACAUGUUUGGAAAAUGGCCGUCUGUCUAUGACAAACAUAACUCAAAACCGCUUUGAGCUAGACGGAUGAAAUUUGGUAUAGAGUCUUUGCUACCCAUUUGCAGACUUCUAUGGAGAUAAUUACAAAAUGGACAGAGCUCGAUAGAUAAGAUACAGUAUACUUAUUGAACAUCUAUAAUGUAGACACCUGUCACCAAAUCCAAAGAGUGGUUCACUGUCUAUGUUUCUCUCUUUUCAGACGUACUGUACUUCAGGCGAUAAAUGCAAUGACUUAAAUAUAUUAAAUUCAAUACGGGAUUUUGUGACUACAAGUGCAGUUUUGUGUCACAUUUUGGUUUCAAUCGGUUGAACAAAAUGUGUCUAAAAGACAAAUUCGAUUUUUGGAUACUAUUAACACAUGCCAGGAAUGAGUCGCCAAGGAUGACACGAUAUUCAGUGGGAAUGCUAAAUUCACAUCAAAUAUUAAUAUUUCACAACUAUUGUACGCCAAUGCCGUGCAAGGCGUUCUCUGGCUACACACGUUUAUUAGAGAGUAUGCGAGAAAACUUUGGAAAGACCACACUGAAAUUUACCGUUUUAUUAAAGACUGUGUAAGUUUUUACAUAUAUCUCUGUUUUAUUUGUAACUGAUAAAAGCAAAAUAUGUUUAUAUUUAUUGUUAUUAAAGAAAGUGUGUAAAAAGCGGAACGGCAACAGCCAGAUGAUUAGAACCAAACAAUAAUAAUAACUAGCCGCCUUCGGCGACAAUUUGUUUGUUCAGAUUACUGAUUUUUUUAAGAACUAUUAAAUUUAUAAUAUGAGAUGUAUUUCAUUAAAAAAACAUUUCAACUUUAAUUUGAGAAUGACUAAAACGCAUGAAUUCAACUAAAACUAUUUACUGCAAAUUACAAAGUGAAAGUCCUACUAUGGAUUUAAUGAUUGGAAAGAGCACGUAUUUGAAAGUUUUAAUGGAAAAUUUGAAUUUCAUCAUAGCAUUUAAAAACAUUGUUUCAGAAAAUGUAUCAGAUUGAAUUAAAAAUAUUAUUAAAGUUAAAUGAAAAAUUGUACAAAAAUGAAAUUUAUAUCAUUAAAAAAGAAUUUUUUUUUAGUCUUAAGAUAAUACAAAAUGUAUUUCUAUGAGAGAAGAGUUUUGGAAAAUAUGAAUAUCAAUUUCCGAAGGCAAGUCAUUACGAUUAAUACCGGGUUUACACUCUGCCAGAUAUAAGACGACCAGUAGGCAGCGCAUGCGCAGAGAGGGACUGAUUUUUGUUUGCCACAAUUUCAUAAGAUAGAUUCAGGUAUACCAUGCUUGGUUAUAAAUUGCCGUUUUGGCGUCCCUGAAUGUUUCAUUGCAUAUCGUAUUAAAAUGAUGGAUAUUUUUUAAACAAAGAAAUAAUGUAAAAUAAAAAAAAGGACAGCAUACCUAAAUUUGGAAAACUAUAGAAAAAAUAAAUGGCAAAUAAAAUGAAAGCGGAAAAAAAAAAAAAAAACACAACUUCGCAUUAGAAAGAACAAAGAGCAAGAACAUGUCGGAAUAAAUCUAUAAUAAGUGAUCAAUUUUUUUUUCGCUCCAAAAAAAGGGCCAAUUUCUACAAACGCAUGCGCAGUAAGAAGCAAAAUACAAUAUAGCGGCAUGGUGUUGUCCCGUCGGGACAAUUACUUGCCAUGGACCGAACAGCAUUUUUUAGUUUUGAAACACAUGCCCUGCCUACUGGCCAUGUGUAAACCCGGCAUAUGACUAGAUUUGAAAUUAAAAUAUGAGAGCCAAAACUGAAAAAUUCUGGAGCGAUUUCUCGCCAAAUGUAAUUGUAUCAGAUUUUUAUUGUAAAUGUUUUCUGGAUACCAGGAUUGCAGACUUUUAGUUUUUGGACGAUUGGCACGAUUUUAAUGUGAUUGGCGAGAAACCGUACAUUAAUCUUAAGUGAUAUUACGAUUACUUAUCUGGCAACGGUUAAGCCUAUUUUUGCACUUUGUUUGAAGCCUUUCUUGAUUUCUUUUAUAUCUUCUUUCUUUUGACUGCCUGCCUCUUUGAUGGCAUGGCAGACUAUUUCCAGAACAUUUCUAAUAAUAUUUUAUAGCACCAUGAAUUAGCUAAGCGAAGCGUUUGAUUUAAUACAUCUGUUAAAAUGUCCAAUGAAUGAAGCAGUCUCAAAUUUUCAUGUUUCGUUUAUAUUUGAUUGUUACCAUUCGAUCAUUAGUAAUAAGCUUGCUUUCUGUGCCGCAUACUUUAGUGUUUUAUAUAUAUAGAUGUUGCAAGCUAUAGUGUGUGUAUAUUAUAUGUUACGAGUAUGUCUUUUAAUAUCUAAUAAAUGUUUGAUUUUUUUAAAGUAGAAAUGCUUAAUGAAUAAUUUAAUUAAAUAGCUAAGUACAUGAAAAAUUAACAUAUCGGAACACCCAGGUGCUAAAUUACAAUACUUUUUUUAUUGAUAAUUUUUUUGUAAGCUGGAAAAAAUUUUGUGAUCACCCUGCAUUUUUUGUAAAGAAACUUACUUUGAAUAAAAUUCUUUUGUUGCACUUA